AUGACAUCUAAAACUGAUGCUCCUCCAUCCUACGAGGAGGCGCUGCACCUCCCUAAGUCUGAUCAUUCCCCUGAUCAGCCACAACAUGGCGCCCCUCUUCCUCCACCUCCGUCUUACAGCCCCAGUCCUGGCAUGUACCUCGGCCCGCCUGGCUACUGGGGCCCCGGGGGCGCCGUCUACCCACAGCCCAGCAUGUGUUCAGGCCCGGGCUUUUCUCCAGCUGGAAUUCCCAUCGCCACUCUGUCGUCCGGACUGCCAGCAUCCAACCAAGGAGACAUGGACGAUUUCUUGAGCAACCAGUGGGAAAGCAUGUCUGUUCGGCAUGCCUUCAUCAGAAAAGUUUACCUCAUUUUAACCGUGCAGCUCACCAUCACCUUUUCAGUCAUCGCCAUCUUUACGUUUGUUGACCCUGUCAAGCUGUUUGUCAUCAGAUACCCCGUCAUCUACUGGGCUUCUUAUGGGGUGUUCUUUGUGGUUUAUUGCAUUCUCAUCUGCUGCAAAGAGCCGAGGAGGCGUUUUCCAUUGAACCUUGUGCUGCUGGGAAUAUUUACGUUCGCCUUUUCUUACAUGUCUGGAACAGUUUCAAGCUAUUAUGAGACAAAAGCCGUGUUUCUCGCCAUGGGGAUAACAGCAGUAGUGUGCAUAUCGGUGACAGUCUUCUGCUUCCAAACGAAGGUGGACUUCACCUCCUGCGGCGGGUUUCUCACCAUCGCCGCUGUUUUGCUUAUGAUCAUUGGGAUUGUUACGGCCAUCGUGCUCUCCUUCCAAUAUGUCCCCUGGCUCCACAUGCUCUACGCUGCAAUAGGAGCUGUCGUUUACACUCUGUUUUUAGUGUACAACACUCAGCUUCUCAUCGGGAACCGGGAGCUGGCCAUCAGCCCAGAGGAGUACAUCUACGGAGCGCUCUCUCUCUACGUCGACAUCGUUAACAUCUUCCUCUUCAUCCUUCAGAUCAGCGGAGCAGCAACGGAAUAAACCUAAACUUAUCUGUAGUAUUUUUUCUGCCUGUUACGUUAAAUGUUUGUACGUCAUCACUCGUGUAAAAAUCCUAACUUAUUUACACUUGCAUUUAUACAUGAGCAACACUGGAGCGCCUCUGGUGCAUCAUUUGAAAUGUUUAAGCAUGAAUGAAGAGAGACGAUUGCAUUACUGUAUAGUUGUAAUUUAAUAUUUAUGUGCUUUUUAUUAUUGCUUCCAUUUACUGAGUGGUCCUCAUGUGUAAAACCCUUCAAAUCUGCUCACCUCCCAAAACAAACCAAGACAAAACUGUUAAGUUUUUAUUAUCUUUAUUAAAUUCUUAUUAAUGUCUAACAAAACACAGGUUACAGGCCCACUGUUGUUACUCUAAGGUUUGUGUUGGUAGUAGGAAGGACUCUGAUCUGUGUUUAAACUGUUUUAAUCUCAUUUUUAAACCUCAAAUGAACAGUUUGGGAUUAGAAGGUGAAUUAAAUGUGUGUAACAAUCAA